CAAACUGCUCCCGGCACUACAUAGAGAGCGAAUUGUGGAAAGACCAAGGCUACGAUUGGUCCCUUCGCGAUAAGGUUUUAAUUUUGAAUUUUCCUUUAUGGCAAGGGAGAGGCCUCUGACGUGACUCCAUCGUAUCCCCGGACUCUUAAGACUAGUAAGUGCAGGGUUAUCUUCCUACGUUACCUGGGCUCGCUCUCCUGCAGCUAGGUCUGUUGCUGCUGGCGUUCGUAACGGUUUGCAAAGGGAAAAUACCUUGCACAACAAUGAAGAUUCACUGAAAAAGUGUAUGUGAAGUGCCUAAAAGUACAUGGGCAUCCAAUAAAAAGAAACCAUGCCCAAAUUCAAGCAGCGAAGAAGAAAGCUAAAAGCCAAAGCGAAAAGAUUAUUCAAAAGAAAAGAAGCCUCUCACUUUCGGUCUAACCUAGUUACACCUCCUCCUCCACCACCCUCACCAGAAAGAGCGGUUAUUCCUUCAACAGAUAUACCCAUUAGCAGAAGCUGGCUAAGACUCUCCUGGAACUUCAGAUUUCCCAGUUUUAAAAAUGCAAUAAAGCUUUGGACAAAUAGAGUAUGGUCUAUAUGUAGCUGGUGCCAGAGCUGCAUGAUCCAGAGUUUAGAAGCAUUAAAAAACACCGUCUUUCCAUCCCGUCUCUGCCACCAAGAACUUCGUAGUCUAAAACAACGGUUUUGCAUUUUGGAAGAUGAAGUAUGCAAGCUCCAAGAAGCACUGAAGGCCAUCUCAGAAAAUUCCUCCCGUCCCAGCUAUGGGCAAGCGUGUCACAUGGGUGGUAAGCUUCCAGACGUUCCCGCCUGUGCUCCAGCCAGCCCUGCAGACUCCGCAGCUCUUCGUCCUCCCUCCCCAGCUCAGCCCGCAAGUCUUCCUCCUCCCCUUCCUCCCCCUCCUCCCCCGCCUCCCCCUCUGCCUCCGCCCCCACCACCGACAGCACCAUUGCUGCUCAGAAAAUCUGCUGUCACGAAAGCACUUCAGGCUGGACCAUUAAAAAAAAAUGGACCCAUGCAGAUAACAGUUAAAGAUCUACUGACUGUGAAAUUAAAGAAGACACAGAGUUUGGAUGAAAGGAGGAUGCUUGUACCAUCACCAAAGGUACAGAACCCACUGGUUACUGUCUCUGACCUGCAGCGCGUUACCCUGAAACCAAAGUCCAAAGUGUUGUCAACUCGAGUCACAAAUGUCUUAAUUACUCCUGGUAAAAGUCAGUUAGAUCUACGGAAACUACUUAGAAAAGUCGAUGUGGAAAGGAGCCCAGGUGGAACCCCACUUACUAAUAAAGAAAAUCUGGAAACAGGAACUGGGCUGACCCCAGUAAUGACCAGGGCCUUGAAGAGAAAAUUUCAGCUGGCUCACCCUAGAAGCCCAACUCAAACUCUGCCAGUUUCUACAAGCAACUUUGAUGAAUAAAACUGAUGCCACCUCUGCCUGACCCCCAGCAAUGAUCCAUAAAAUGUACAUA